AUGCUGACGUCGAAAUACUGCGUCCUGCCUCCGAGCAGGCGAGUCCUCAAAGUCAAAGAGGGACCUUUUUUUGUCCCCAUGAUUCGUAUUAACCCUGUGCAGAAAUUGCGUGCUAAACCCUUCCCGGCAACGGAUGCGCGUAUUGAAUUGCCAGAAAACGGUCUGUCGUCUUCAAUCGAAGGCAGCAACAUAGCAGAUGUGCAAAGCUACUUUCCGAGUCAGUUGAACUCUUCAGUGCAGGCCAUGACGUUGCCGGAGAUAUCCAGAACUGUUUCCGAUAUCUCCAACCAGUCUAGUCGCGCCGAAACUUCGGAGUCCAUCGCUGCGUUCCAGAUCGUGCUUGACGACCAUGUUAUGCCGGGAACGGUAACACGCUAG